UCCAGAGCAGCGCCCACUUGAACAGCAUGUGUAAGCAGCGCGCACCGGCUACCCCAAUGCAAGCAAACCAGCCAGCCAGCAAUCUCACACAGCACGCCUGCCUCUCCCACUGCACGGGCUAGGCGCAACUCAGCAAGGGAGGGACUCCAGCGCUGAGGUCAUCCGUCUGCCUGUAGUGCUGUGCGAGGUGCGAGCCGUCUCACUGCGCUAUUACCGUCCGCACAGCUGGAUCCCAGGAGGAUCAUUCUAAUAUUAGCAAUAACCCCAAAACCAGGAGCGUGCCGACGUGUCUCCACUACACGCGUGUCUGUCGCAGCACCGGCACGGAUUCCUGUUUGAAACGCCCGGAACCUGAACGGAACUUCACGGGGGCUUUGGAGGGAGCGUUUCGGUUCGGGUGAAUGGACUGCUGCUCUAUACGGUUCCCGCACUCUCAGAUGUCAGUUCAAGCUGGGGGGGAAGUCAAGCAUGCGUUUGUUUUAUUCUCCGGUUUGAAGAGAAGUCAGCAGGGCGCUGUUGACCUGACUCGCUGCCCCGGUGGUUUUUUAUUGCUAUUGUUGUGAAGAGAAAAACCUGAUGGAGGGUUGAUAAAGGACGCUUAUUAAUCUUUCAAUAACAAACCCGGGGGCAUUUGCGCGUCACUGGGUAUGAACUCGGAGCUGAGAGAUAUAAAUACAACAUUUCAAAAGCGAAACUUUAUUUCCACUGUGAGGGCUUGAAACAAAAUUACACCCCAACUCUCCACCCCCGAGUCCAAAACGAAUACUUGUUCCAGCAAUUCGCUUCUUGCCUGUGUUGAAAUUGCAUGUGCGAGGCGGCAGCAGCCUGGUCCCGUUGUCUUGCGUGUUUCAUGAUGAUUGCGAUGAAGACAGACUCGCGUUUCUUUCUGUCCGGCAUGUGCGUCAUUUGGUUUCAUAUUUAAGAACCGGAAUUUCUGGAGUAAGAACUUCGCCUCACAAUGGAACUAGUGGAACUUCUGCUCUCGUGCCGCGGGACAGUGUUCUAAUCGAAGGCAUUGCAGAUAUUCGGGACGCCCCCUCGCCCAGGGGGAAUCCUCAAUGCAGGUGGACUUGUUUGACGGGAGCAGGGAUAAUAUUAACAUGCAAUUGUUUCGAAGCCAUGUGUACCAUAUGCAGCCAGACUGGGGUUUGGCGGAGACCGACACUAUACGUGGAAUCAGCUGGACCCCGUUGCCUGAGAAUCUGGACACUGCUGAAACCCUGAAGCAGUUCUCAUCGGAGCGUGUGUGGAGAGCUGGCAGAGUUCUAUAUAGCGCCUUGCUGGAACACGCCCCCGCGCUGAUCAGAGACAGGAAGCACCAUCUCAAGACCUACAGGCAAUGCUUAUCCGGCAGGGAGCUUGUUGAUUGGCUGAUCAAGCUCAGCACCUCUGUCCAAUCACGGAGCCAGGCGGUGGGAGUGCUGCAGGUGUUGCUUGACGAGGGCGUGCUUGUUCACGUCAAGCAGGAGUUAAACUUCCAGGACAGGGACACGCAGUUCUAUCGCUUCCCGGAGGAGGAGUUUGGAGUGGAGCCGGCAGCCAAUGAGAAGGAGCGGGAGGAGGAGCUCCAGGAGGCCCUGCUGUUGCUGAUUCAGAUGGGGCCCGAUGCUCUUCUCACUAUGAUCCUGAGGAAACCUCCGAACCAGAGGACCGCGGAGGAGCUGGAGGUGAUCUUUGAGGAGCUUCUUCACAUCAAAGCCGUGGCGCACCUGUCCAGUUCAGUUCGGAGGGAGCUCGCUGCUGUGCUGGUGUUCGAGUCUCAUGCCAAGGCUGGCACAGUGUUGUUCAGCCAGGGAGACAAGGGGACCUCGUGGUACAUCAUCUGGAAGGGAUCAGUGAACGUGGUCACGCAUGGGAAGGGUUUGGUGACCACGCUGCACGAGGGUGAUGAUUUCGGUCAGCUGGCCCUGGUGAACGAUGCCCCCCGAGCCGCCACCAUCAUCCUGCGCGAGGACUGCUGUCACUUCCUGCGCGUCGACAAGCAGGACUUCAUCCACAUCCUGAAGGAUGUGGAGGCCAACACGGUCCGGCUGGAGGAGCAUGGGAAGGUGGUGCUGGUGCUGGAGAAGAGCCCUCGAGGAGGACCAGCCAAUCAGGGAGCUUCUGGGAACAGCCACAAAUACACUGUGAUGUCCGGAACCCCCGAGAAAAUUCUAGAACACUUACUGGAAUGCGUGCGCCUGGAUUCCGGCUGCAGUGACCUCACAGACACCUGCAUGACUGACUUCCUCCGGACCCACAAGGUCUUCAUGCCCACCUCGCUGCUCUGCCCUGCCCUGCUGCACCACUACCACGCGGAGCCCAGCGAGGGCUCUGAGCUGGAGAAGGCUGCCUACUCUCUCAACAAGAAGCAGAAGAUCCUUCGCCUGGUCGGGCAGUGGGUGUCUCUGUACGGGGCGUUGCUGAAGGAGGACCCCAUCGCCAUGGACUUCCUGGAGAGGCUGACCGAGGGGGUCCAGAGUGACUCUCGCUUGACCAGCAUGCUGAGGGAGCAGCUCCAGGACCACAGGAAGACCCGAAUAUCGGAGAGCAGCUACCAGACAUCUUCCCCAGCCCAGGCCCUGAACCAUUUAAACUGGUUUACCAAUCUGGACGAGCGCCUAGGCAGCUGCCAGCCAAUCAGAGCGCAGGACAAAGUCCUGCAGAAGUACUUCAGACCGGACCACACCUUCGUCAGCCUCAUGCUGCCUGUGAAUGUCUCUGUGGAGGAAGUGAUGUCAUCGCUGGUGAACCCCGGGGGGAACCAGGUCCUGGUGAAGAUGAACUCGUCCGGAGACAAGCUGCAGUUGAAGCUGGAUGCCACCGCGGUGCACACGGCCCUGGAGCUGAAUGAGAGGCUCUUUAUCUGCACUGCCGAUCAGGUCGACAAGCUGACCCCCCUGAAGGAGCAGCUCGGCCCGGAGGUGGGCACCACCGACUCCCUCGAGCAGAUGAGCUCCAAGGACCUUGCUGGCCAGCUCAGUGACUACGACUGGGAGCUGUUCAGCUGCGUGCACCAGGUGGAGCUGGUGUACUACAUCUUCGGCCAGCACAAGUUCCGUGGCGCCACGACGGCGAACCUGCAGCGAUUCACGCGCCGCUUCAACGAGGUGCAGUACUGGGUCGCCACGGAGAUGUGUCUCUGCAGCGAACUGGGCAGGAGAGCCCAGCUGCUCCGGAAAUUCAUCAAGAUCGCCAGCAUUCUCAAGGAGCAGAAGAACCUGAACUCCUUCUUUGCUGUCAUGUUCGGACUCGGGAACAGUGCUGUGCGACGGCUGGCUCUGACCUGGGAGAGACUCCCAAACAAAACCAAAAGGAUCCAUUCAGCCUACGAGAGGUUAAUGGACCCCUCCCUCAAUCACAGGGCGUACCGCCUGGCGUUCUCCAAGCUCAGCCCCCCUUCCAUCCCCUUCAUACCUCUGCUGCUCAAAGACAUGACCUUCAUUCACGAGGGCAACGAGACCCACCUCCACAGCCUGGUCAACUUCGAGAAAAUGCGCAUGGUUGCAAAGACUGUGAAGAUUGUGGAGAACUGCCGGAGUCAGCCCUACAUUUCCACGUCCCCACAGAAGAGUCGGAGCGACAGACUGUCCGCGGAGAGCGCGGCUGUGAGGAUCUCCACCUGUUCGGAGCAGUCUCUGUCCCUCCGGAGCCCGCUCGGGAUCCAACUCUACGUUCAGAACCUCAGAGUGAUCGAUAACCAGCGGACCCUGACCCAGCUCUCCCGAACCCUGGAGCCCUGAGGACGCACAGACAGACAGGGAGGGAGGUCCAUGGCACUGCGAUGGGAAUCCUGUCAUUACAAUCCAGACUCCCUGCUUGCUGCACUGCAGGGGGAUUUCUUGCGGCUGCCGCUGGACUCCUCCACUGGUUCUGUGCAGUGUGAUGUGCCAGCCUGCUCCACUGCUUCUUCAGUGGGUGUCUGCCUCCCACGCUGUGCAUGCAGUGAGAUUGCAUUGCCUGCCUGCCCAGCUGCCAUUACAGACAGACCUCACGCGGGUGGAGUUUUUUUCAAACCCUUAACCCAUCUUCAGAUGAAUGCAGUGCUCAACUUCGGACAAAACGCUGUCUUGAUUAAAAAGCGCCGAGACUUCGAAAGACAGAAUAAAAAACCCUUGCUGCCUGCAGUGCCUUAAAAACCAAACCUUCCGGUUUUAAAAAGCCAAGAGCCGUUAUCGUAAACCCCCUGCAGGAGCCCUGGAGCGGCUGUGAUUCUGCAGCUGUAUUUAUACAGAGUCAGGGAGAACCGGAACAAACACACUGACACUGCCACCAACGAAAGAAGCCAAAAACACUGUGGAUUUGGUAUACACUUUUGUACAGCAGAUUUAUAUUUUUUACAAAGUCAGCCACAAUGUGCUUUAUGUUUGUGUAUACACAUUUUAUAUAUGAAGUCAAUAACUUUAAUCUUUUAACUCCCAGUGAAGGAGGUGCAGUUACCAAUUUGCUUUCUACAAACAGAACUCGUCCUGCCAGAACGGACUUGACCCUUUUGAACUUGGAAUCGUCCGUUUCGGAUUCCCCGCUAUGCAAGAACCUUUCAUUUAAACAGAGCAGGGGCGGGUGGGUUUGGAUUGGUACAUAUGCAUCUCUCUCAGUUCCUGAAGCCACUUAAUAAAAAAAAUAAAAACUAAUUUCAUUGUCAGUGAUGCAGUUUUGGUUCUGGGCACCUACAGUAUUGUGCAUAGACUCCAUUGUGCAUUCCAGACUCCAUUGCACAUUCCAGAUUCCAUUGCACAUUCUAGACUCCAUUGCACAUUCUAGACUCCAUUGUGCAUUCCAGAUUCCAGUAUAGAACAGAACUGCUGUUUACAGGAUGUAAUUUUUUUCUUAUUGGAACUGAGGUAUUUUUAUAGGUGUAUAAACCAUGAAUAAAAAUCACCUGCAAAGUGA